AUGAAUUCCAAGUUAACUUUCCGCUUUUUCGGGCAGUGCUUUAUCGAAAAACCAACAGCACAAGAGUCACAGAAGAUCUCACCUUUUCUACCACUCGUGAGGGCUUUUGAAGAUUCACUCAAGACCCGUGUUGAACCUACGUGGGAUCAGGCUGCUGCAUUUGGGCGCCUGGUGGUGCAAGAUACUGCAGCUUGGCGGAAAUUGGGGGCAGACCGGUUGCCGCAUCUUGUCCAGCCCAGCGGUUCAAUCAGGUCACCUCUUUCACUCCAUCUUCUAAACCCAACAUUCUACGUUGCAGAUGCAUUGACCACAAUUACCGACGAUCCUACAAACCCAACCAUUCAAAUGAUAAGCGACUGUGGGUUAUCAUCUGAGCAUUGCUUCAUGUUCGAUGAAAUCUGCCGUCGAGAUCGAACCGACGAUUGCCUCUUCUUCUACACGAAGGAUGUACGCCAGCCACACGAAGAUUUUGAAAAGGGAAUCCGGGACAACAUGUCUGCAGUUGUUGAAAUCUGCUUUGGUGAAGAGGUUUUCAAAGCGUUAUCCGAAAGCGUCAAACUCAUCCGGCUGCCACUAUGGGGCAUAUUCAAGUCAGUAAGACUCUGGCUCGAGGUCAAUGAGGCAAAUCCAACAUCUAUGAAGAGGUUUAUCAUGCAAGCCUAUCAUCCACAGUAUUUUGUUAGACCUGGGCAUCUCAAGAAGUCUGGCCCAAGCUUUUCGGAGAUUUAUGCAAAGCCACAGGACUUGAUGAUCUUGAUGGCUACCCAACUUGCUGGAUUACAGAACCAGAUAAAAGUGAAGCCAAAUUUUUUCGAAUGCCAUCUUAUCAGAGGAAAAUACAAUCGACUAAGUCCUCUGCAAAAUUUGACCCGACGAGAGCAUGAGCGUCAGGCCCUGGAUGUCUUUCGAUUGGCUUUCCCCGAAAGAUUUGAGGAGUUCGACAUCAAACAAGCUCAACGCAAAGAGGAAAAUAUUUUCUUUCGAGAAAUACAACAAGCACAUGGGUCUCUCAUUCCCAUGGAAACAAACUUGAGCAGUCCUAUCUUCGAACAAGAGCAGAUAUCUCGCAUUGAGGCAAGGGAAGAAGUCCUAAAGUCCGUCAUCUUAUCCUUUCCUGAGAUGGCUGAAUACGAGGAUCUCUUCCAAAAGUCCUCUAGGGAAGAGGAAAUUGACUAUCACCCUGAGGUGGAACUAUUGGACUUUUCAAAUAUCCCAGCUCCAUUGAAAUCAUGGCUCCAGUCUCAAAACGGUCUCAAGAUACAUGGAUUGCCAAUCUUGAAUCGAGAAAGUCUGGAAUUGGCAUUCGCUCUUCUCGACAGGGGUCUCAGCAAAUCACCCCUCAAGAACUUUUCAGCCAUAUACAUUGCCUACAAGGUUGGAUUAAUGUACAUCAAGAAGAUCAGCCGACCCAGAUCAGAAUUUAGUCUGGCUCAAACAAUACCUGCAGAGCCUGGCAAAAUUAUCCGCCUCAAAUGUAGCGGUUGCCAAAGGCCUGUUCUGGAUGACGCAUUUCCUUGGUUCACUACAAAUGCACGGCAGACUUAUGUCAUUGAAGUUGUUAGAAUCAGCCAAAAGGGUGGCAAUGGCUGUGGACAAGAAGGGUGCAGGGGGAAGCCGGGCCUUGUGCCGUUGAGUCGCACGGUACAGGAUCAUACCCGGUUGGAAGAGAGAGCUAUUAAGCAGACAACACGCCGCAGGUCAAAUUGGAAAGCUCCACUUUGUCGCACAGGACAGGACCUGGACGGCUGUGCUGGAUUGAUUCGGGUACGAUGCAGAGGUUCUGGUACAGGCGACAACAAAAUCGAAUGCGGGCUCGAGAGGGAUUACACUACGCCGGAGUGGAGUCUCCAUUCACCCCCUCGUCUUAUACUGCCGCGACUCAAGUGUGAUUGUGAUAAGAGGACUAAAGACCAUUACUUUGACCCGGUGGAUAGGGACAUCCCAACGAUAUCUAGUGACAAUCUUCGGAAGAUCUACCAGGGCUUUUUGAAGGUGGGCUGUGACUUAGCCGAUUACCUAAAGCUCCCUCGUAUUAUUCUUGAUCUCAAGGGAAAUGGGGAGCCUAGAAAACAUAGCAGGCCGUACAGAUACAGAUUUGAGGAGUUAAAAAAGGCUAAGAGGAUUUGUUGA